UAAAAAACCAAUGGUCGUUUUGGUCUUUUCAGCAAACUCAUACGCAGCUCUCUAAAACCCUAAUUGAGAGCCCGACUCUCAUUUUACUUCCCUCACAACAACUCUCUGCCGAAGCCAGGGAGAGUUCCACCAAUUCGACAACAAUGGGGGCUUACACUUAUGUGUCGGAGCUAUGGAGGAAGAAGCAGUCGGAUGUGAUGAGAUUUUUGCAGAGGGUGAGGUGUUGGGAAUACCGCCAGCUUCCUUCCAUUGUGCGUGUCACACGCCCUACUCGCCCUGAUAAGGCUCGAAGGCUAGGUUACAAGGCCAAGCAGGGUUAUGUGGUCUAUCGUGUACGUGUAAGACGUGGAGGACGCAAGAGACCAGUUCCCAAGGGUAUUGUAUAUGGUAAACCCACUAAUCAAGGUGUUACUCAGCUGAAAUUCCAGCGCAGCAAGCGCUCAGUUGCAGAGGAACGUGCUGGUAGGAAACUCGGUGGUCUUAAGGUUCUCAACUCUUACUGGAUCAACGAGGAUUCAACUUACAAAUACUAUGAGGUAAUCUUGGUUGAUGCUGCCCACAAUGCAAUCCGCAAUGACCCAAGGAUCAACUGGAUCUGCAACCCAGUCCACAAACACAGAGAGCUUCGAGGACUCACCUCUGCUGGGAAGAAAUACAGGGGUCUCCGAGGAAAGGGACACAGACACCACAAAGCACGACCUUCGAGAAGGGCUACCUGGAAAAGGAACAACACUCUCUCCCUCCGCCGCUACCGUUGAUCUUCGUGAGGUUAUUUGGAGUUUGUUUCUAUUGUUGAUCGAGUUUUGGAUAUUUUGUAGUAGGAAUUUUUGGAUGUCUUCCAGACUGAAUUUCUGGUUUUGUUAAACAUGGUUAAUUUGUUCAAGCAUUAUUAUGUUGCUUGCUUUGUGGGAUAUUUCAUCACAUAGACAUUUCAUUAUUGGAUUGUUGUUAUAAGGAUGGUCCUUGGAUAUUUAUGGUUAAAUCCUCGUGCUUUAAUUUCUUCUC